CCUGACAUUCCAAUUCAAUUCCAAUUCCAUUUCCUGUCAGCUGCAUGCAAUUCCAAUUCCAAUUCCAUUCCAGGAAGUGAAUUGGAAUUUACCAUUCAUUCUCAAUUCAAUUCAUGAAUGGCCCCAACCCUGUUGGCCAGUUGAUACCUUAUCAUACCUUCCUCCACCCAAGCAAGUCCAGAAUUAUUUGACUGAGCAAAAUGGCAGGAAAGGGCAGAGGAAUAGCAGCAUUCACCUUCAACAUAGAGGCUCUGGGUCUUACCAGAGGGUCUAUGCCUGAAACCCAAAGAGGGCCAACUCCACUCUUCCCACAAAUUGAAUAUAAACCAGGGCCUCUGAAAGCUGGAGAGGAUGAAGACUAUAUGAGAGCUUUGAAACAAGAGAUGAGAGGACGAAUGAAAGACCUCCCAUUUAACAUAAAACCCCAUGCAGGAAAGGGAGAUGUGGAGAGGUACAAGGAAAAAUACACAAGAGAAAUUAAAAGAAUUGAGGAUGACAACUGGACACCAGAUUGGAACCGUCUUCCCAAAGAGCUGAAGCCACAGAAGAAGAUAAUUAAGAAAAAAAGAGAUACUAACAGAAAAGCAAAGAUCUCAAGUAAGGAUAAGGAGGAAUUACUGAAUAAGCUUGAUGAACUUGAAAAGAAGGGAGAUGUAAAAUCAGAUGAGGAGGGUGAAGCAAAGGGAGAGAAGAAAGAAAAUGAUGAGGAAGGGGAGGAAGAAGAAAUUGAAGGAGAAUAUGAUGAAGAAGAGCUUGAAGAGGAAAAUGACUACAUAGCAAACUACUUUGAAGACGGUGAUGAUUAUGGGGGAGGAAGUGAUGACAACAUGGAUGAAGCCACUUACUAGCAAAAAAAAGGCACAAAAGAUUUAAGACUAUCAUGUAAAACAAUUAAAGUUUAUCGAUAUGUAAUAUAAAAUCACUAAAUUUUACUUCAUAUACUUCAUGUCUUCAAAGAGUACACUGUUUUAUAGUUUAAAAAAAUUAGAUGCAGCAUAAUUACAGGUCAAGAAUCUGCAAAAUGUUAAUUAUUUUACCAACCUAAGAGGGAUUAUACAA